AUGACUACCUCACACUUCUCUACGUCCCUAGGUUCCCCCAUGCACGGCACCCAGUCCCUAGUCGCCGAAGUCAUUGGCGCAGACGCCACCGCGACAACAUAUGUCUUGAACUGUCCCCCAGGCACAGACGGCAACGAGUGCGGCACCUACAACAACACCGUUACUAUCGGUCCAUGGGCCAGCAAAACUCUGCCCCCCGGCGCUGCGAGCACAGGUGAUCUUGAUAUCUUCAUCACCAUGCCCUCAGAAGACAAGGAGGACGACUGGAGAUUCUCUCUCCACUGCGAAAUGUCAAGAAGCGUUGCCAAGAAAUGCACUACGAUUAACAUUGGCGGCAACAACGAUGGUCAUCCUACUGCCACCGUCACCGCGUCUGAGGAUUUGGCCGGGCUUACUCUGGAAUACGCACCUGUCGUUAUCACUGCUGGUUUGGACAUUCUCAACGCCAAGCGCACCGGUGUCGCUGAAGCGAGCGCUACUUCUACCGCUACCACGACUUCUUACGAGGGAGCCUCUUCACCUGCAGCUACUUCUGGCGCUUCGUCAAGCUUUGCGCGGGUCUUUGGUGCGGUGUCUAUUGCUGGAGUUGCGGCUGCGCUUGUUAUGUCUUGA